AUGGUUAAACGGAAGGAUCUCGGUGAUGUCCCUAUGGGAGGCACCCAGCCUGAGGACGACGAUUCCGACGAGGAUAUUGACAUGGUCAAUGUAGACUUCGAAUGGUUCGACCCACAGCCAGCUGUCGAUUUCCACGGCCUGAAGAAUCUCUUGCGCCAGCUGUUCGACAAUGACGCCCAGAUCUUCGAUAUGUCCGCGUUAGCGGAUUUGAUCCUCUCGCAGCCUACAUUGGGAUCGACGGUCAAGGUCGAUGGAAACGAAUCGGAUCCCUAUGCCUUCCUGUCGGUUCUCAACCUACAGGAACACAAGGAUAAACCUGUUAUCCAAGACCUGAUCAAGUACCUCAAGACCAAGACUGCCGCCAACCCCUCCCUGUCAGCCGCCAACGAGCUCCUCUCUCAAAACCCCGUCCCUCCCAUCGGACUCAUUCUGACAGAGCGCCUGAUCAACAUGCCUUCCGAGACCGUCCCGCCCAUGUACAACAUGCUCCAGGAAGAGAUCGCCUGGGCGAUUGAGGAUAAGGAGCCUUACUCUUUCUCGCACUACCUGAUCUUCUCCAAAAACUAUGAAGAAAUCGAGUCAAAGCUUGACCAAGAGGAGUCCCGGCCGCAGAAGAAAAAGAAGAAGGAUGGCGUGAAGUCCGAGCGCUUCUUCUUCCACCCCGAGGACGAGAUCCUAGAGCGUCAUGCGCUCUGCUCCGGCUCUAUUGAGUACACUCAUAAGUUUGACGAGGGACACUCUGACUCCAAGCGUGCAUUCCAGGAGCUUGGUAUCCGUACUAAUGGUAGCUUGAUGCUCAUCGAGGCGGCCAAGUUCGAGCCUAUGGUCAAGGCUGUUACUGAGUACCUGUCUUAG